GCAGCACGGCCAGGCUGAGGGGCAGCAGCACGGGGUGGCUGUGGGCUCCUUUGGCACUGCUCGAUGCUGUGUGUGUGCCUGUGGCUUUCUGGGGUCCCCAGAGCCAGGCAGGCAGAAAUUGGAGCUCUGCAGACAGCAAGGGUUGCCUGUGUGCUUCACCUCAGCAACAACACAAAGAUCCACAGACAGUGCCUGGGAAGGGGACUGCCUUGUGCUCAGCUCAGGGGGACCCUGGGUGUCCUGUUUGGUGAAGGGCUGCAAUUCCCUGUGCUCAUCUAAUGUACAGUCUGAGGGGGUCCCUCUACAUUAUUCCUGACUUUCACCUGCUAGUUCAAUUAAAGUGUGUCCUUGUCCUUUGCGUGAUGGAGUCUUGCUGCCAGCUUUGGCUGUGGGCAUUAUUUGUCCUCCUCGCCUGCCCACAGCCAGGGGUAGCACAGCCAGCCUGCUCCCAUGGGGCCUGCUAUCCCCCCACGGGGGACCUCCUGCUGGGACGGGGUCAGCACCUGAUGGCCUCUUCCACCUGUGGCCUCACCAAGCCUGAGACGUACUGCACACCGCACGGAGAGUGGAACAUGAGAUGCUGUAAGUGUGACUCCCGGCUGCCUCACGCCCGCAAUGGGCACCGUGUGGCCAACAUGCUGUCCUCUGCUGGGCGCGCACGCUGGUGGCAAUCCCAGAGUGGCAUGGAGCACGUUUCUUUGCAGCUGGAUCUGGAUGAGAAGUUCCAGCUCAGCAGCGUUGUGCUGGAUUUCAGGUCACCGCUGCCCGCUGCGAUGCUGAUUGAGCGCUCCACAGACUUUGGCAAGACAUGGGAGGUGUACCAGUACCUGGCCUCUGACUGCGCUGCUGCCUUUCCCCACAUCCCCCGCGGUGCCCCCGAGAGCUGGGGGGAUGCUCGAUGCCAGCCUCUGCAGGCCCAGCAUGGGUACCCUGUGCACGGGGGCAAGGUGAAAUUCAGUGUCCAAGACCUGGCAUCUACCAUUACUACCUCUUACAGCCAGUCUGUUAAUAAGCUGGGGCAGUUCACCAACCUGAGGAUCAACUUCACCCAGCUCCCACACAUCAUGCACCACAGCUACCGCUCGCCCAGCAGCUUCUAUGCGGUGACUGAAAUGCAGGUGCUGGGAAGCUGCUUCUGCAAUGGCCACGCUGACCGCUGUAUCCCUUCGAGGGACCUGCAUACCAUGGUGCAUGGGCGCUGCGAAUGCCAGCACAACACUGCUGGCCCCAACUGUGGCCACUGUGCUGCCCUCUACAAUGACCGCCCCUGGGCCCCCGCGGAGGACAACGACCCCCAUGAGUGCCAGCAGUGUAACUGCAACGGCCACUCGGCCUCGUGCCACUUCGACCCGGAGCUUUUCCAUGCCAGCGGUGGGGUGAGCGGGGGUGUCUGCGAUGACUGCCAGCACAACACGGAGGGAAACAACUGUGAGCGCUGCAAAACCAACUAUUUCCGCAACCAGCGGCAGGAUCUCACCCAUCCUGAAGCCUGCCAGCCCUGCGAGUGUGACCCAGACGGCACGGUGCCAGGCUCCGUCUGCGACCCGCUCUCGGGGCACUGCGUCUGCAAGGAGAAUGUGCAGGGAGAACGAUGCCACCUCUGCAAGCCAGGCUUUGCCCAGCUGGCCCAUGCCAACCCCCUGGGCUGCCGCAGAUGUGCUUGCAACGUCCUGGGAACGCGGCAGAAUGUGCCCUGUGAUGAUGAGACAGGGAGCUGCUCCUGUCUGCCCAACGUGGUGGGCACCGAAUGUGACCAGUGUGCAGCUGGGCACUGGGACAUGGCGAGUGGCCGGGGCUGCCGGCCCUGCGAGUGCAACCCCAGUGGUUCCCACAGCAUCCACUGCAACCAGUUCACAGGACAGUGCCAAUGCAGAGAAGGCUUCACGGGGCGGACGUGCUCUGCUGCACAGCAGGAGCAGGCCUGCCCAGAUAGGCACUUUGGAGACAUCAGGGUAGGAUGCACAGAGUGCAACUGUGACUUCCAGGGUACCGUGGACAUGGGGUGUGACAAAUCCACAGGCCGCUGCCUCUGCCGCCCAGGUGUCACCGGUCCCCGCUGUGACCAAUGCCAACGGGAUCACUGCAGCACCUACCCCAGCUGUGAGCCGUGCCACCCCUGCUUCCACACCUAUGAUGGUGACAUCCAGCGGCUGCGGUUGCGCCUGCAGCAGGCCAGCCUGAGUAACUCCAGCAUGGGGCUGCCUGGGGGCUCCCACCUGGGCCUCCGGCUCUCACGGGCACAGAGCAGCGUGCAGCAGGCGCAGAGCAUCCUUGGUCACUCAUCUGCCACCGAGCAGGGCCUGGCCCAGCUGGGCAAUGCACUCACUGCCAUCAGGGAGCAAAUGCAAGGUGUUAAUCCCAACUUUCAGUUUCUGGAUGUGACUUCCUCUCUAUCAAAUGACUUCGAAGCUCUCAAUAGCAGCCUGCUUACCAUCAGUGCCCAGUAUCAGAGCAAGAAGACCCAGUUUGAAACCAGCCGCAGCACAGAUCUGUCAGGAGCCUUUGGGACCAUCCGAUCUGCUCACCAGACAUCCACCAACGCCAGCAGCCUUGCUGCUGCUGCUGCCACUCUGCUGGCCACGUCCAGGGAGAGCCGCAGGGACGCAGCAGGGCUGGAGGCAGCGGUUGCCAUGCACAGCAGCAAGCUGCUGGCCCUCAGAUCCCAGAUGGCCUCAUCUCCCAAUCUGACUCCUACCGUGAAUAAGAUCUGUGGUGGUUUCCGAGCGGAGACGUGCACCCCAGCGCAGUGUGAAGGCUCGCCGCUGUGCCCACAAGAUGGUGGCAUGGCCUGCGGGGAUGGCCUCAGCUGCCGCGGUGCUGGGCCAUUAGCUGGAGGGGCCCUGCGUGUGGCUGGGAAAGCUGCGGGGGAGCUGGACAGCCUGAGUGCACGGCUAAGGGAGACAGCACAGCUGAUUAAAAUGACGGAGGCAUCUGCUAAUCAGAUUCAAAGCAAUGCCUUGCGGCUCAUGGAACAGAUGAGCAUAACAAGAACCCAGAUUGAAGGAGAUGUCCGGCAUGCCCAGCAGUUCAUCCAGCAAGUUCGGAACUUCUUGUCAGACAAAGACACGGACCCUGCAACAAUCCAGGAAGUCAGCGAGUUUGUUCUCUCUCUACGUCUCCCCACGGAUGCUGCUGCAGUCCUGAGAAAAAUGAACGAGAUUCAAAGUUUGGCUACCAAGCUGCAAUGCCCAGAGAACAUACUUGCCCAGACAGCCGAGGACAUUGCAAAGGCCAAGCAGCUGCAGCAAGAGGCAGAACAGGCAAGGAACCGAGCGAAUGCUGUGGAAGGCAAUGUGGAAGAAGUUGUUGGGAAUCUGAGACAGGCAAACACAGUGCUGCUGGAGGCUCAGGGGGCUAUCAGGGGCUCAGGUUCUUCCCUUCGGUUCAUUCAGGAGCGCGUCGAGGAAAUCGAGGCAGUGCUUGGUCCAGCUGAGAAGAACGUGGGCUCGGUGGCAGCCCAGCUGGCUGUGCUGGCAGAGAGGCUCCCUGGGCUGCAGCAGACAGCAGGGCAGAACCGGCUGCGGGCCGGCGAUGCGCAGCAGGCAGCAGCAGCAGCAAGCGAGGAGGCCAACGGGGCUCAGCAGGCUUUCCAACGAGUGAAAGAUAUGUAUGCAGAGUUGAAGAGCAGAGAGGGGCAGAGCCCUGCGCUGGGAGCACAGGGCAGCCGUGUGCAGAGCAUAGAUCUGGAGGCAAAAGCUCUCUUUGAGGAAACAUGGAACAUGAUGCUCCGUAUGGAAACUUUGGAGACAGAAAUUCAAGAAAGCAACAGAGCUCUUGUGGCCAAGUCAGCCAGGCUGUCAGGCCUUCAGGAGCAGGUGGGCAGGAUCCGGGACGCCAUCCAUAAGCGAGUCACCUACUAUGAGAGCUGCUCCUGA